AUGCCUUCGUCGUCGACAGUUCCACGCUUCUCCAGUGAGAAGCGGGAAGAUCUCUUGGACUUGGAUAUCUCCAGAUCAGAAGCAUUACUGGCUGAUAUCCAAGAUUCCAUCCCAUCUUUUGCUCCUACUGCAAAACCGCGUCUGAAAGGACCUCCGAAAUGCCCUCCACGUCAACUCCCCAAAAAAGAAGAGGCCUACCGCUAA